ACCCACAAUACCAGGCUGUCGUUUCCGCUUGCGGCGAGAGCAGGUUCCUGGUUACUCAGGCUGGGAGGAGGAGGCGGUUUCUUGGGAUCAUUUCUUUUUCCCUCUUGUGUCGGAGUCACUGGUUUCGGGGCCCUGAUCCGCUGCUCCACACAUACAUGGGUUAAUCGGUAAGAUACCUCGUCAUUUAAAACCACUGGGAGAUCGUGAACAAUCCUGGGGACAGAAUGGGAAGGAACUGGCACUACAUUGAUGAAGGGGAAGGACAGCGGGAGAAAGAAAGACAAAUUCAGAAGCAGCAACAAUAUCUGACAAUGAACAAUCGAAAAGAUGAUAUGGAAAUCCCAUCACACUACCGCCACUUGUUACGGGAAUUGAAUGAACAGCGGCAACAUGGCAUCCUUUGUGAUGUAUGCAUCAUUGUAGAGGGAAAAAUCUUUAAAGCACAUAAGAAUGUUCUGCUUGGUAGUAGCCGCUACUUCAAGACUUUGUACUGUCAGGUGCAGAAGAUGUCCUCGGAUCAGGCUACUGUGACUCAUUUGGACAUAGUCACUGCGCAAGGUUUUAAAGUAAUCAUAGAUUUUAUGUACUCAGCGCACCUAGCGUUGACGAGCAAGAAUGUCAUUGAGGUAAUGUCAGCUGCAAGUUAUUUGCAGAUGACAGACAUAGUUCAGGCAUGUCACAGUUUUAUCAAGGCAGCUUUAGAUAUCAGCAUAAAGACUGAGCCAUCAGAGGAUAUUAUGGAGUAUGAUAUGGGAGCCCCCUCAAGCAGCAGUAUUGAUGUUGUAACACCAGUAGCAGUGGGCAGGAGUAGUUCUCCUUGGUUGGAAAGACGGCGGACAAGCCCAGCAAAUUCUUCUGGAGAUUCAGCAAUUGCAAGUUGUCAUGAUGGUGGAAGCAGUUACAGUAAAGAGGAACACGAGCAGAAAACUGACAGUCAUGAUGACAUCUCUUCACAAUCACUCUGGUCUAGUGACAUUGGUUACAAUUCAUUUAGAGUCAAGGAGGAACAGAUAUCUCCCUCACAUUACGGAGGUGCUGAACUGAGAGAAACCCACCUUGGAAAGAGCAACACUUCAGCACAGACUGCAUUUUCUGAUCAGGUCCCUGAGGUGUGGCAGCUGCCUGGCAGGAAAAAGAAUCGUAAAAAUAAACAAACAGUGCGCCACAUUACACAGCAUGUUGAAGUGGACAGCAGAGCCAGCUCCCCAAUGCCAUCAAUGCUCACUGUUGGUGGAUGGCCAUACAAUAGCCGUGAUGGGACAGGUGUGGAUGUCACUGAACCAAGUAGUUCAGAUAGUAGGGGAGACAGAUCUGAUUUCUGUCAGAAUCCAGAGGAACCACUGGCUGGUGUAGAAUCGAAUUAUCUUUCUCAGUUUGUUGCCUCCGUGAAAGAAGAACAGCAGGCAUCUACAGUGGCCAACCUGAGAGCUGCACUUCUGAGCAAGCAUAGCUUCUUGUCUGUCAAGUCCGACCAACCAGGAGAAGAUAAUCCUAUUAUUUUCGAGUACUUGCCUAAAGGGCCUGGAAAUAACUUGAAUCAUUCAGAAGAUGCACAUGAUUACCAACCAAGAGAUUUGUCUCCACUGACUUCCCAAUUUCCAGCACAGAGUCCUUCUAGGAUGUUGCAGUGUGAAGAAACUUCACCUGAACAAAUCUCACACAAGCGGGCUGACUCCUCACUGCAGAUCAAGGUAGAUAGUACUGAGGGAGUCCUGCCAUUGUCAAAAUCAUACAGGAAUGAAAAUUCAGGCCUUGACAUCAGUAAUGCAGUGGACUUGUUAAAAGAUGAAGAGGCAGAAAUGGGGACCAGCUUCAUUCCAGACAAAAGUUCAAAGAACUCCAAUUGCACAUCGCCAACCACAAGCUGGCAUCAAGAAGAGCUUGCUUGUAGAUUCUGUAGAAUGCAAUUUAGCAAUCCAGAAAAGCAUACAGAACAUGAAUAUCGACAUGCCUUAAUGAUGUUGCCAGUUGAUACUUCUGAAUACAUUAAUCCAACCCUUACAGCCAUGAGCUUUUAUGUGUUUCCUGGACAAGCUUUCCGGUAUCAGUGCUCAAAGUGUCCUGCCAGCUUCACACUGAAAUCAAAUGCUGAACGUCACGAGAAGACUGUCCACUACAAACUUAAUGAAUUUACUGUGAUAAGAAAGAAGUUUAAGUGCCCAUACUGCAGCUUUUCUGCGAUGCAUCAGUGUAUCUUGAAAAGGCAUAUGCGCUCACACACAGGAGAAAGACCGUAUCCGUGUGAAAUUUGUGGCAAGAAGUUUACUCGGCGGGAACAUAUGAAAAGGCACACGUUGGUGCACAGUAAAGACAAAAAGUACGUCUGCAAGGUCUGCAACAGAGUCUUCAUGUCAGCAGCCAGCGUCGGCAUUAAACAUGGUUCCAGGCGCCAUGGAAUAUGUGUGGAUUGUGCGGGUGGAAGUCUGAUGUCUCAGCUAGACCAGGAUGGUACAGAUGAGUCUCCAGAUGGAAUGUUCUCUGCAGAAAGUCAGUACCCAGAUGAUCAUGGGGAGGGCCCUUAUCCGGAUGAUCAUGGGGAAGGCCCUUAUCCGGAUGAUCAUGGGGAGGGCCCUUAUCCGGAUGAUCAUGGGGAGGGCCCUUAUCCGGAUGAUAAUGGAGAGGGUCCCUACCCGGAUGAUCACGGGGAGGGUCCCUACCCGGAUGAUCACGGGGAGGGCUCUUAUCCGGAUGAACACGGGGAGGGCCCUUAUCCGGAUGAUCACGGGGAGGGCCCUUAUCCGGAUGAUCACGGGGAGGGCCCUUAUCCGGAUGAUCACGGGGAGGGCCCUUAUCCGGAUGAUCACGGGGAGGGCCCUUAUCCGGAUGACCAUGGGGACAGAGAAAGGGAGAUUGAUGAAGAAAUGGCAGAUGGUGAGGAGGAGAUGAAGUGGAAGGAUGAUGUGAUUCCCCAGGCUGAUAUAAUUCUUGAAGCCAAGGAAGUAAUCGAUUCCCAGCAAGACCAAGAGAAUCAAGAAAUUCCUGUAGGAGAUGACAAGGAUUUUGCGUGGAUUUCCCAAGAAAUGUAGCCUUUAGGUUACUUUUACAUUCUAGAGUGCAUCAAUGCACUAUAGUUCUUUAGAGUGCUAGCUGUUUCACUAAUGUACACGUUAAAUUGUAGUCAGGCAGUUUUACAAGAACAUUAUAUUUACAAAGAAUACUACUCAAAGAUACGUACACCACAGUGAUUUUUCAGGUUCAUUGUCCAAUUGUGAAAUUUAGGAUUAGACGUUGUUAAAAUUUGGGGCAUUGUACCAGUGGUUCUAUACGCCUUUCUUAAAUUUCAUAAUAUUUUUGAAGGAUGUUGGUAAAUUUUGAGAUUUUGAAUCAUUUUAUUUAGUAUUGUUGUCCUAAGGAUGUUAAUUCAGAUUGCCCAUGUGAAUGCAGGAUCCAAAGCACAUUGCUAACAGUUGAGAGAUAAUGAAACAGACAUAGAGUAGCAAAAGUUUUAUCCAACUGUUUGCUUCCCAUGACAUGAUCAAUAAUUGUUCAAGUUAUCAUUCCCUCUUUCAGCUCAAAAAUGCAUCCAGAUGUGAAAACCCCAUCAUUUUGUGUGUUAGUAGAUUAGAUAACUUUGACAAAUUAUGUGCAAAAAAACUACAAGUGUACAUUCCCAUAAAAGAAGAUUCUCCACUCUGGAAAGAGUUGAGACAUUCCUUCAUUCUAUAAUGUCUAUAUGUGCACACAAAUUCUGCCAUAGAUUUAGUUUUGAGUUAGUGCAUUUUAAGAAGUGUUUCAUAAUGGGGUUUCUUCGCUAUGGCGGGUGUGAGUCAUGUGCUGCAUUGUGUUCUUUUAACAUUUUCAAUGUCUAUAUUUUUUGAGCUAUAUGUGAACAUUAAUUUUGGCUGUCAAAAACACAUGCUUUCACAAAGUUCAAAGCUGUGCCAGAUCUCUGUGCUCUUUAGACAAGGAAGGAAGGAGUUAACUUAUUUGUUGCAUUGAUAAAAAGGUAGCACAUUGCUUUUUUUUUAGUUAUAAUAUACACUAAAUACUGAAUAUAUACCAAAUUAUAUGUUUUAAUAGAAUUUACUUUGGAUACGUUACAGAUGAUUUUUGUUUAUCAUUUAGAAAAUGCAAAAAAACUGGAAUUGUUCAGUAUAUUUCAGAAAAUCAAAUCUUAUCAUGUUUUGGCUUGUUAGUGGUAAUAUGUGCAAAUCCUUACUAAAUUAAGCCAUAACUAUGGUUACUUUUUGAAAUCUAUAUUGUUGUAUUUCAAAUUUCUGCCUUUUACAUUAGGAGUUUUGCCUGAUGAAAGUUUUAAGAGUGCUGUGUGAGUAUGCUCUCAUAUAUAUUUAUUUUUUCAACAUGCUUUCAGCUGGAUUUAAGAGAGUGCUUAAAGCUGUUGAAAUCUUCUCUGCUUGGAAUAUUAUUCUAUAUGAUACUGACUUUGUAAUUAUAAACCUGUGUUUGUAUUCAAGAUGUGUUUAAUAUUCAGAGUUAGUUAUGAGUAGUGGGAGAAGAUGACUGUGCAUUGUACUGAUCUCUGUAAAUGUAGUAAUUAAAUUUUUUUAGGUGAUUAUGCUUUCUGUAUCUUAGGCACACCAAAGGUCUGCCUAAAGUUCAUGUGCUGGGAAUAGCUUGGAUAUACUCACACCCAAAUCAAACUUAAAUAAACUCGGAAUUGCUGCCAAAGCAAACAAGUA